UUCGCAAGAUCAGACAGAUAAUAGAUUCUUUGUCAGCGAAGUCACCACGGAAAAAGUAGAGACCUUUGUGAAUAUGGUUACCAUUUCGUCGCAGCCUGUUGGCCAGGCCGAACCUCCGCGACAGAUAAGAGCAACUCCAUCAGAAUUGAAGAACUGUAAAUACGACGCUGCGAAUGUGCAAGCUGCGCUUGAAGCGUUGCAUCAAGAUGGAUUCGUCGUCCUCAAGUCCGUGGUCGAUGUGGCGCAUGUGGACAGUCUGAACUCGUACAUGAGUAAAGAAGCAGAUGAGAUAGUCAAGAACAAUUCAAAGCCAUUCAACCAGGGGGUAAAGUCGAACUUUCUUCAGGCUCCUCCUUUGAAAGAUCCCGAUUAUCUUUAUGACGAUGUUUUCUUCAAUCCAUUUGUUAUCCAGCUCAUGAAUGCCUACCUCGGUGCGAAUCCCAUCUGGGCCUUCGUCACGGGCAAUAAUGCCUUGCCUCGAACUCAUGGCCUGAGACAGCCGGUUCAUAAAGACAUCACAUUCUUUCACCCUCAAUGCCCCUUUUUUGUUAUCGCUAACGUUCCCCUCUGUCCGUUCAGCCCGGCCACUGGCUCCACUGAGUUCUGGCUUGGAUCCCACGCCUCCACAAGCGGAGCCGAUCAAGUCCUUGCGACACCUGAAGCAAAGUUAGCAAAUGCAAAGCUAAGGGUGGGAGAGCCAAAUACCUUCGUGCGACCAGAGGUCGUGGAGGAGAGGAGAAAAAUUAGGCCACCAAUUCAGCCGACCUGCGAGAAAGGGGAUAUCAUGUUGAGAGACCUGAGGACUUGGCAUGCUGGAAUGCCCAAUGAAUCUGAUCAAUAUAGAAUUAUGAUUGCGCUGGGUUAUCAGGCGCAAUGGUAUCCAAAUCAUACCUUGCGGGCGAAACUGCCCCUCAGUCAAGGGAACUUCUUCAUGAAGCAUGGUGGACAGCCUGUGGAGGUUAGGGCAGACCUAUUACCAGAUGACAGCGAUUUUGGGAAGUUGAACGACGUGUUCUCAUUCAGGUCUUCACUCGACUAGUAUGAGUUCGGCGAGAAGUCGAGGACAAGUGAAGGUUGUCGUAUUUUUGGCGGGAAGUACGAGGCUGCGAAUUUUAUUUAAAUAUCUUAUUAUCUCUGUAGUUCCCAGACCUGCAAAAGUCAUAUUCUAGUACAGCAAGAAGUCAAAGCCAUGUCUAAUAAGAGAUGGGAAUGAGGCUGGU